GACUUUUGAGAGAGACGCCUGAAGAAGCAUUUACAGCCUCGGAAGGUUUGAGUUUGUCGAGAAGUCUGCUUUUUGAAACCUGCUGAAGAAGAGCUUGCUGAAAUACGCACUUCCUAAAGAAGCCCGUGGAAAACAAACCUGCGAAAGACGGUUCCUGGCCAGGAGAAGCACCGGGAGGGUGACCGGCUGGAAGCCCAUACCAUGGCGCUUCCAGAAGAUGGAUCCCCAACGUUGGAGGGAGACUCAGACAUCGGUAAGGAACAAGGUAGGGUGUUGGUAAAUGAAGCCGGCCAGGUUUCUGAAGACCGUGGAGAGGAGUUCAGGUAUAGUACACCUCCGCAGUCUGUGGACUGUGCUACCAGCUCCAGUGGUAGCUCUACUACCACCUCCAGUGAAGAUGAGGUAGGUAAUGAAGACCUGGAUAACUUUAAAUCCCGGAUUCAGGUUAUCCAGGUCCUUCGACCAAGUAUUAAAUUCCUGUGGGGCAUAAAUUCAAUGGUUGGUCCGCUGGGCUCCGGUGACAGCAGUCAGACAGUGAACCGUGCAGAUGUAGCGUCACCCCUGCUUGAGCAUCUUCCCCCAAAUUGGGGUGACAUUGGGGUGGCUCAGAAGCCCCAAGAAGACAAGGCUCCCUGUACUUCACUUGAAUUUCCAUCUGGACUGGACCAACAGGAAGAGCAUAUUUUGCGUCAAGAGGACUCCGGACCUAUCGGUAACCUGCAACAUCAUCAGGUAGGUUUGAAAGAGGACGCGGCUUCUUUGACUUCUGGUCACGCCAGGACCACUACAGAGAAGACAAAGGACAGUGAUGCUGAAGAACACCCCCCAGCAAAGAGGACCAGGGACACUGUUGAUGAAGAGGAGCCCCCAUCAAAGAGGACCAGGGACACUGUUGAUGAAGAGGAGCCCCCAUCAAAGAGGACCAGGGACCCUGUUGAUGAAGAACAGUCCCCAGCAAAGUGGAACAGGGACCCUGUUGAUGAAGAACAGCCCCCAUCAAAGAGAACCAGGGACCCUGUUGAUGAAGAACAGCCCCCAGCAAAGAGGACCAGGGACCCUGUUGAUGAAGAGGAGCUCCACCCUGUCCUCAGUGAGGAUCCUGUUGUGUCAUCCCUUGUCCUCAGCCCCUCUUCCAAAAUGGUGCGUAAACGUCGUGCUGCGUCAUCCCCCGUCCUCAGUCCCUCUUGCAAAAUUGCGCGGAAACGUCCUGUUGAGUCACCCUGUGUUUUCAGUCCUUCACCGUCAACACACAAUGAAAAUCCAACUUUGUCAUCCCUUGACUUCCGUUUCGGUGUGAAGACUGAAGGGGACAAAGAAGAGGAACCAGUACCUUCAACAUCUAGUGGGAUUACAGCAAGAAUGAGUUCCAGGCCCGUCUGGUUUCGACCUUGUUACGAGUUGCCAAGUGACCCAGAUUAGAUUGGGAUCAAUCACUGAAGACCAAUUUGGGAAGUCAUCAUCAUUUCUCUGCUGUUUUUUAUUAAAGCCGAUGGCUUUCUAGCAAGCCUGUGGAAGCCUCAGGUAGUGGCUUGCGCCGAGGCUUUUCUCUAUCCCACCGCUAGAUUUAACAUUUUAGAUGUUAAGAAUUCUGGGAGGACCGAGGAAGUCUCAGGUAGCACCUUGCGCCGGGUUUUCCUUCGUCUUUGUGUCUUCCUCUCAACUCCCCCAUUUUUCAGGGUGUAAUCGCGGCGUUUCCCUACACGGUGCUCUCCAGUGCAGUAAAUUAUUCUUUACUGUUCCUCUACUAAUCCGCUCUCCCAGUUUUUAAUCUUUCAGGUUUUAGUUGAUCAUCGCUGGAUACUUUCGUCAUUGUUCAUGUGGUUCCUGCCUUCUGCAUCCCUUGUUUUUCCACACCGCUUGUUGGACCUCGUCAGCCUGUAAACCUCCACCUACAACACCACCAGUAAGGUAGAACUAGAGAAGAGAACCCAGUUGACGAAAAAAGUAAGGAAACUUAUUUUUACCCAGCUAACAGUUUUAAAUGUGGAUGAAGUUGAGGUCAAAUUUCAAAACUGUUCUUUCUUCUGUCCAUGUUCCCUUUUGUAACUCUGUUGUAUUUUCUCUUGAUUUCAUCUCUCUGUCAACUCAUGUCACAUGACUUGAGUUGACCAACAAUUAAAGAAGAAGACCUGCUGAUCUACUGGUGGUAACAGAUUGUGGAAAAGCAUCACUGAGACAAGACAACAGCACUGAACCAAUCAGGAGAGAGAAGACACAGAAAAUCCUGCAGGAAAUCUAGAGAUGACGUUUCCUGACUCUUAUGGGGAAUCCUUCUUUGCAUCGUCUCCAGAACAGAACCAGAACAAAUCCAAACUUCUUUAUCAGAUUGUUGAGCCUUUGGAGGUGCCUGGCAGAAGAGAUGACACUCUCAGCAGCAGACGCAAAAGAUCUGCAGCAACUUGCAGAUCUCGAAGGAUCUUAGCUUCCUGGAGAAGUGCGGUCUGCUCCGUCUCUUUUUAUGAACGGCUUCCCUGUUUGCGUCUCUAGUCCAGUCUGUGUUCCAGACGAACACCGAGGUAUUGAUGUUCCUGAACCGCCGCCACAUCUUCUCCCGUGACGGAAAUAGGGGAAAUCAACAAACAUCUCCUUUGUUUUGUUUACAGUUAAGAUUAGAUGAUCGUUCCCACACACCAUGCCAUAAAGUGGUCCACCAGAUCACUGUACUCGGCCUCUUGUCUUUCUCUGACAUACAGCAACUGGAGAGUCGUCUGAGUAUUUCUGUAGAUGACAGAAGUCGGACUUGUGCUGCAAGUUUGAACAG